AUGGAUUCUCUUAUCGAGGACAUGAUGCAGCAGACUCCAACUUUCAUGCGUCGUAUCUUGUCAUUUGAAGGUUUCCAUGAGACCCUUGCAAGCCUAGCUACAGAGCAAAGCAAAGCAGCCUACAUGAUUCGUGUCAUAGCCGUCGUAUUCUGUCGACUGAGCCAAGUCUUUGGUGCAGAGGUACAGCUCAAACUCAUGCAUGAAUAUGUGAAGAAUGUGCCGUUGCUGACGGGAAAACAGAGAGUAUCUACGGAGCCUAAUGAUAUCCAAUAUCAUGUCGUUCGCUCUGACCACCUCUUCCAUCGCCAUCCCUCGACUUUCACUUCGCAUGAUCUCCGCAAGCUAGAGGAUCUCUACUACGCGACGUGUGCUAAACUCAAAGACUUCCUGCAUCAAGCUAAUGUUUUGAUGGACAACAAUUUCAAAUUACCAGAUGACGACUUAUUCCAUUUUGAUGAUCCACCAUUCAGCAGCCUUAGGCCCGUCACUCUAGGUUCAUUCAAGUCUUCUCUACUUGCUUAUCAAGCCAUCCUUUCUGGCUACGCUUUGGUGGAACUUCUGGAGAACAGUAUUCGAACCGCGAGGAAUGACUCCAAAGCCAAAAUCACAUUUGAGUCACCGGAUACUUUUGGAUGUUCGCUUGAACAAGGAGCAAGAGAGACCCGUAGCCCCUCGCGCGCGACUGGACAAGCAAUCGGUGUACUAGAAGCCCAACCGAUCGAGCCGAUAAAAGACAUCAACAGGGAUCAGAGUCGGCAAUUGUCCAAUAUUUGCAACAUGAGUAGCGGGAUGAUUUUCGCGCAACUCGCAGAGAAGUACAGGUCCCACGUCCCAGAAACCGAAAAGGUACCCAUCAGCGAUCUCGUCCUCAAGGAAAACCAUGCACAGCGAGAGGCUGAAUUGUAUGUGAGUCCGUACAACCUGGAAGAGCGAGCCAAGAAGCUCUUUGUACCUGGAGGUGCGGAGAUGCCUUGCAUCUGCGACCCAGAAUGCAUCUGCGCCCCUUUGUGCGCUAGUGACCCAACGCAAAAUUGUCUUUGCGAAGAGAACGGGUUGUUUGUUCGGGUCACCGAAGGAAUGAAUAUCGACGAUCUUGAUGUUCCGGACCUAAUACGAUGGGAGAGACAAAGUUCGGAAUUCAGCAGGAGUAGUGCAAGCUCAAUUAUCUCCGAGAAUCUCACAAGGACAUGCCAAUUUCCUACGCAAGCAUUCGAUAUGGAGCCUGCGCCAGCAAUUUCAGACCCUUUCCAACAUCGAGAUGUCACACCACAUAAGAGAAAGCAAGAUGUUGACGCAAAUACUGUGUUCGAUGUGUCUGAGGUAAUCAGCAGCAACGCCUCUCGGUAUGGUAAUCUCCUUCCCACUCACUUGAAAGACCAGUCCACGUAUGACGUGAUACUUGCGCAAAGUGCCACGGAGGGCAUGGAGAAGAAAAGGAUAAGCUUUCCGCAUCCACCCAUUUCAAGCAGUGUACAGGAGCAUGUACAUUCUAGCUUCCAAGGGAGCGCUUUGAGACGCACCAGUCUAGCCAAGCGCUUUUUCGGCAGCUCCAGCAAUACUAAUCUAUUCUCGCGAAAGCGUAACAAGGCUUAG